CAUAGAUCCGUCUUCGUUAGAGAGGAUAUUACAUAAUGUAGCGGCAGUCUGUUGUGGAGCCCGACUGUUUUGGAAAAUAUACUUUUACUGGUUAUUUUGCACACGUUUGUCCAGAGAUAUUUCGCUAUGGGAAUAAAAAGGGUUUACAUUAGCAUAGGGUACGCUACUUUUGGCGUGCUGGUUGGAUUUUCGGCUUUGCUGGUGUGGAAUAUCGCUUAUAAACAACCGUGGACGUCGGCUAUGGGAGGCCUGUCAGGUGUGCUGGCAUUCUGGGCUCUUGUCACACACAUUAUGUACCUACAGGAUUACUGGCGCACUUGGCUGAAAGGCCUCAAGUUCUUCAUGGCUGUUGGAGUCGUCUUCUUUAUUUUGGCCUUGACUGCCCUCAUCAGCUUCUUGACCCUCGCCAUCACACAGAAGCAAUCGAUUGCUGACCCAAAGAGCCUGUAUCUGUCUGGUGUGUGGAGCUUCAUCACUCUCAAAUGGUCCUUCCUCUUGGUCUGGUACUCCAACAGGUACCGCCAAGAGUUUGCGGACAUCAGCAUCCUCAGCGAUUUCUAGUCGGUAUUGAUUUUAAAGACUGGGGUGGACUUUGAUGAGUAGGAGUUCAAGCUCAAAGAGCCUAAGUAACAAAGAGGUGGAAAAGCAGAUUAUAAAAA